CAUGUGCUCUGCAUGGACGUUACUGAUACUCUCUUUAGCUUGAUUUUCGACAAGCAGGCAAGAUGUCCAGCACACCACAUGACCCCUUCUAUUCUUCUCCUUUCGGCCCAUUUUAUAGGAGACAUACACCAUACAUGGUACAGCCAGAGUACCGAAUCUAUGAGAUGAACAAGAGACUGCAGUCUCGCACAGAGGAUAGUGACAACCUCUGGUGGGACGCGUUUGCCACUGAAUUUUUUGAAGAUGACGCCACAUUAACCCUUUCAUUUUGUUUGGAAGAUGGACCAAAGCGAUACACUAUCGGCAGGACCCUCAUCCCUCGUUACUUUAGCACUGUGUUUGAAGGAGGGGUGACCGACCUGUAUUACAUUCUCAAACACUCGAAAGAGUCAUACCACAACUCAUCCAUCACGGUGGACUGCGACCAGUGUGCCAUGGUCACCCAGCACGGGAAGCCCAUGUUUACCAAGGUAUGUACAGAAGGCAGACUGAUCUUGGAGUUCACCUUUGACGAUCUCAUGAGAAUAAAGACAUGGCACUUUACCAUUAGACAAUACAGAGAGUUAGUUCCGAGAAGCAUUCUAGCCAUGCAUGCACAAGAUCCUCAGGUCCUGGAUCAGCUGUCCAAAAACAUCACGAGGAUGGGACUAACAAACUUCACCCUCAACUACCUCAGGUUGUGUGUAAUACUGGAGCCAAUGCAGGAACUGAUGUCGAGACAUAAAACUUACAACCUCAGUCCCCGAGACUGCCUGAAAACCUGCUUGUUUCAGAAGUGGCAGCGGAUGGUGGCCCCGCCAGCAGAACCCACAAGGCAACCGACAACCAAACGGAGAAAAAGAAAAAAUUCCACCAGCAGCACUUCCAACAGCAGUGCUGGCAACAACGCAAACACUACUGGCAGCAAGAAGAAGAGCCCGGCUGCAAACCUGAGUCUGUCCAGUCAGGUACCUGAUGUGAUGGUGGUAGGAGAGCCAACUCUGAUGGGAGGUGAGUUUGGGGACGAGGAUGAAAGGCUAAUCACUAGAUUAGAAAACACGCAAUACGAUGCGGCCAACGGCAUGGACGACGAGGAUGACUUCAACAAUUCACCCGCCCUGGGGAACAACAGCCCGUGGAACAGUAAACCUCCUGCCACUCAAGAGACCAAAUCAGAAAACCCCCCACCCCAGGCUUCCCAAUAAGAUGAUCGACACCACUGUCAAUAGGCCCGUGGGUGAUAAUCACAAUUUCAGAUCUUUGCUUACAGGAGAGGAAAGAGGAUUUUCCAAGCAGAUAUCUAUUUCUAAACAACAAUGAUCUGAUUUUCUUUCUUGCGUUUUGUCUUUUUUAAUUGAGAAGAUCAUUCCAAGUAAGCUUCCAUGACCCUUCCUUGGAGGCCUUUACAGGUAAUGCAGAUACCGGCACUGAUCGUAAUUAAAACAAGAGAAAAUGCUAAUGCAUCUACUGGCACGGUUUUAACAAUGUGUUUGUGUUGAAUUUUCUUUUCAUGCAUCAGACC